UUGUUUGUGUUGCGCAUGCGCUUUCACGCGCUUUGACACGCGGGUUCGGAGGCGCGUGAUUCCGUCUUCGGAAAGUCGAACAAAACUAAACUUUUCUUAACGAACAAACCUCGUCUGCUGAAGCUGCUGCACUGAUGGCUGUAGUGAGGUUGUACAGUAAUGAAGCUGUGAGGGGGCGGGCCUUAGAGAAGGCAGGCAAGCUCUACCCCAAGCUGUCAAUCACAACUGAGCUCUGCUACAACGUGGAGCUGACAGGCUGUGAAAGUCUCACUGCGAAGGAGAAGGAAAUUCUUCUCUGGUUAUUCCGUCCGUCUUUUCAGACAGAGCCGCUGUCUGAAACGCCAAAGCUCACAGAGGGAAGCGGGGAGAGACUGGUGGAAAUUGGACCCAGGUUGAAUUUCUCCACUGCCUGGUCCACUAAUGCUGUGUCCAUCUGCCAGAGUGCUGGUCUCACUAACGUCACCAGGGUUGAGCUAUCUCGCAGGUUCCUCAUCAAGCCCAAGAAGGAAGAGAACAUGACUGAGCUAAAUGGAAGUGUAGAUGAACUGAUUGAAUGUCUGUAUGACAGUAUGACAGAAUGUAUCUACCACCAUCCCAUUACCUCAUUCUGCGUUGAAACCAAACCACAGCUGGUCUUUGAGGUGGACGUGUUGGGGAAGGGGCGUGCUGCUUUGGAGAAAGCAAACGAUGAUCUGGGUCUGGCUUUUGAUUCUUGGGAUCUGGACUAUUACACGUCAGUGUUCCAAAGAAUUAAAAGAAAUCCGACCAGUGUGGAGUGUUUUGAUUUGGCCCAGUCAAACAGUGAGCACAGUCGUCACUGGUUCUUCCGAGGGAGAAUUGUGAUCGAUGGACAGGAGCAGAAAGAGACUGUUUUCAGUCUCAUCAUGGGCACCCAGCAGCACAGCAACCAGAACAAUAUCAUCAAAUUCUGCGACAACAGCAGUGGUAUCAGAGGAAUGGAACUUGAGUGCCUUUAUCCUAAAGACCCAUCCCAAGCUAGUGCAUAUGAGACGCGACGCUCGCUAAGACACGUCAUCUUCACUGCAGAGACUCACAACUUCCCUACUGGUGUAGCACCCUUCAGUGGUGCUACCACAGGGACUGGAGGACGUAUCAGAGAUGUCCAGAGUGCUGGACGGGGAGGCCAUGUCAUAGCCGGAACCGCAGGCUACUGUUUCGGCAACCUUCACAUACCAGGUUACAUUCUGCCAUGGGAGUGUGAAGGAGAAGGCUGGGAGUAUCCCUCAAGCUUUGCUCCUCCCCUUCAAGUGUCUAUUGAGGCCAGUGACGGAGCGUCAGACUACGGUAACAAGUUUGGUGAACCAGUCCUGUCAGGUUUUGCACGUUCCUUUGGCAUGCGGCUGGCUAAUGGCGAGCGACGAGAAUGGAUUAAGCCCAUCAUGUUCAGUGGUGGGAUUGGUUCAAUAGAAGAUACAGAUGUGAAAAAGGAACAAGCAGAGACGGGAAUGGAAGUGGUGAAGAUUGGUGGGCCUGUCUAUAGAAUUGGUGUGGGAGGUGGAGCAGCUUCUUCUGUGCAAGUUCAAGGGGACAACUCCAGUGCAAGAGAUCUGGGUGCAGUGCAGAGAGGAGAUGCUGAGAUGGAGCAGAAGAUGAAUCGCGCGCUGAGAGCAUGCCUGGAAAGGAGCAGCAGUAAUCCAAUCUGCAGUAUACAUGAUCAGGGAGCAGGAGGAAACGGUAAUGUGCUGAAGGAACUUAGUGAGCCAGCAGGAGCUGUGAUUUACGCCAGCAAAUUCAAGAAAGGCGACCCCACACUGAGUUUGUUGGAGCUGUGGGGGGCAGAAUAUCAGGAAAGCAAUGCCCUGCUGCUUCGCCCAUGUGACCAGCCUUUCCUGGAGAGAGUUUGCCAGAGGGAGAAAUGUCCCGUUGACUUUGUGGGAAAUAUCACUGGAGAUGGCAAGAUUGUACUAGUAGAUGAUGAGGGUGGCAGUGAAGAUGAAACCAGCAGGGGGCACUGUCCUGUUGACCUACAACUGGACUGGGUUUUGGGGAAGAUGCUGCAGAAGGAGUUUAAGACAGAGCGCUUGGCUCAGACCCUCCAACCAUUGGCUCUUCCUGAAGGGCUGACAGUCAGAGAUGCACUGGAGAGAGUUUUACGACUGCCAGCUGUGGCAUCCAAACGUUACCUGACCAACAAGGUUGACCGCUCUGUAACUGGUUUGGUUGCCCAGCAACAGUGCGUCGGGCCCCUUCACACCCCACUGGCUGAUGUGGCAGUAGUUGCUCUGUCACCAUUCAGACUGGAGGGGGCAGCGACGGCUAUCGGAGAACAGCCAAUCAAAAGUCUGGUGUGUCCGGCGGCGGGGGCUCGCAUGGCUGUGGGCGAAGCUCUGACCAACCUGGUGUUUGCCAGAGUCACGGCGCUGAAGGAUGUAAAGUGUAGUGGUAACUGGAUGUGGGCCGCCAAGCUGCCUGGUGAGGGCUCGUGUCUGUGGGAUGCCUGUAAGGCUAUGUGUGAGGUCAUGGGUGAGCUGGGCGUGGCUAUCGAUGGGGGCAAGGACUCCCUCAGUAUGGCUGCUCGAGUGGGUAAAGAGACUGUCAAAGCUCCAGGUGCCCUGGUAAUCUCUGCAUAUGCCGUUUGUCCUGACAUCACGGCCACCGUGACUCCCGAUCUCGAGGAUCCAAAUGGCGAAGGUGCGCUGCUAUGGGUUCCAGUCAGUGCAGGACGUUGUCGCCUGGGUGGCUCUGCUCUGGCACAGUGCUAUAGUCAGCUAGGAGACUGCUCUCCCGACCUGGAUCAGCCACAGAUACUCACUGCCUGCUUCAACACGACUCAGACACUCAUACAUGAUCAUUUGCUGAGUGCAGGACAUGACAUCAGUGACGGCGGUCUGAUUUCAUGCUUACUGGAGAUGGCGUUUGCUGGAAAUCGCGGUAUUGAUGUUGACUUGUCAUCACAAGGAAAUGGAGUCAUGGAGCUGUUGUUCAGUGAGGAGCUUGGUUUGGUUAUGGAGGUGUCACAGGCGAAUCUAGCGACCGUCUCUCAGAGAUACAGUGAUGCGGGUGUUGAGUGUCUUCAUAUUGGCAGAACCUGUGGCUUUGGACCAGAGUCUACAAUCACUGUACGUGUGGAUGGAAAAGAAGUGCUUCGAGAGCGGCUGCCUCACCUCAGAGUAUUAUGGGAGGACACCAGCUUCCAGCUGGAGCGCCUUCAGGCCAAUGAGCUGUGUGUGAGACAGGAAGAAUCGGGGCUGGCCAGGAGGACACAUCCCUAUUUGAAACUGACCUUUGACCCUUCUGAAAUGCCCCGCCCCACUGCCCAACUCUCUGCUGUCCAGCCUCGUGUGGCGGUGGUCAGAGAGGAGGGCAGUAACGGAGAUAGAGAGAUGUCUGUGUCUCUGUAUAUGGCAGGUUUUGAGGUGUGGGAUGUCACAAUGCAGGACCUGUGUUGUGGCUCUGUAACACUGCAGCCUUACAAAGCAGUCGUGUUUGUUGGUGGCUUCAGUUAUGCAGAUGUUCUGGGAUCAGCUAAAGGUUGGGCUGCUACUGUUGUGUACAAUCCCAAAGCCAAGGCGGAGUUUGAACGCUUCCGGCAUCGAGGAGAUACGCUCAGUCUGGGUGUGUGCAAUGGCUGCCAGCUCUUGGCUCUGCUGGGCUGGGUAGGAGAGAGCAAGGAUGGAGCAAAGUCUGAAUUGGUGCUGAGCCACAAUAAGUCUGGCAGAUUUGAGUCUCGGUUUGUCAGCGUGGGGAUCCAGACCUCACCGUCUGUCUGGCUCAGAGGCAUGGAGGGCUCGGCUCUGGGAGUGUGGGUCGCACACGGAGAAGGUUUGAUGCAGUUCUGCAACUCUCAGGCCCAGGAUCGGAUUAUUAGUGAUGACCUGGCCCCACUCCGAUACCUGGAUGACCAGGGUUGCCCCACUGAAGAGUAUCCUAUGAAUCCUAACGGCUCCCCACAAGGUAUAGCAGGACUGUGCUCCAGGGACGGGAGGCACCUGGCCAUGAUGCCCCAUCCAGAGCGCUGCACCCUGAGCUGGCAGUGGCCUUGGGCCCCACGGGACUUCAAAGUCUCUCUCAGACCUUCACCCUGGAUGCGGAUGUUCAAGAAUGCAGCUGCCUGGUGUAGCAGUACAGACUAACCUUUUACAUGUUUCUGUCAGUAUGGUGUCGUCACUUCAGCUGCAAGCUGUUUACAUCAAAACAUUUGACUUAUGGCAGGGUUUUUUUUUUUCCCCCCCUCCUUGUUACAUUCUCAUUGGUAGAAGCCUGCUGCUGUACUUGGAUUUUGAGACCACAAUGAAUUCUGGUUUUAUACAUUUAAUGAAAUUCUACUAUCAGU